AUGAUCCUGGCCUCAACCGAGCUGGAAAAACAGCAAGAGCACAGAGGGGAUGAUGAGGAUGAUUACGGUAUCCCAAGAUCUUUUAUGGCCCCCGAUGACACUGAUGCCAUUAAGUCAACGAUUGAGGAGUUGGAGCAGGAAAUCUUUGACAUAUUGAGGAAGUACAACGUGAAGCUAAACCCGGAGAAGUAUGCCUUCGAGGUCAGCUCGGGCAAGUUCAUCGGCUUCAUGGAUCAAAAUAACGAAACCGAUGCAUUGGCCAACUUGGAGUCGUCGGUCGACUUCGAUGAAUUCGACUCGGGGGCAGUAGUACAGUUGAUGAACUCCAUAGUAGAAGAAGGCCACGCCGAGGUGAACUCGACAAGCUUGACUUGGAACUUCAGAAACAAAUACAUAGAAUACCUGAAGAAAGGAAAAUUGCCAUCGGACCCCAAGGAGUCAAGAAUCCUAUGCGCCAAAGCUGCCAGGUUUGGCUUGGUCGAGGGGCAAUUGUUUAGAAGAUCCUUUUUUGGGCCACUAGCUAGGUGUUUGGGUCUGGGGGAGACUGAAUAUGCCAUGAGAGAAGUACACGAGGGCACUUGUAGAAAGCACGCAGGAGUAGAAUCCUUUGUUUGGAAAUUGAUCAGAGUCAGUUACUACUAG